AUGGCCGACGUUCUCGAGCACAACGUCCGGACGAUCAUUGCGGCCCAGUGCCGCGUGCCUUUGGAAAAGGUCACCCUCGACGCUGAUAUCAACCGUGACCUCGGCGGGGACAUGGACACCAUGGCCUGGUUGCUCGUCCGGUUACAACAAGAAUUCCACCUGGACUUUACGGCCGACGAUGCCACGAUUCGCACCGCCGGCGAGAUUGUCCAGUAUAUCAAGUCCAAGUCUCAGUGAAUACUAUCAAUAUUAUCUCUCUUUGAUUAUAACAUCAUUCUCUAUCCUUGAUCAAGUCCUUUUCUGCCCCUUGGACACUCUCCAGAAACUCUUGCACAGCAUCAUCAUUAUCUUCCC